AUGCCGAUCCGCCCACAGCAGGUGUUCCGCAACUCCAACAAGUUCCACCGAAUGGCGCUGGCGGAGGAAGUCCUCCCGCAUAAUUGGGUUGCCUACGACGACGCGGAGCAUGACGAGUUGGUCGAAUACUGGUUUGACGGGUCUUUCAAGCCCGCCAAAGAAAUGCUCGUUGCUGUCGCGCUGUCCCGAACCUGUCGUGCGUUAUACCACGACCUUGAGCACUGGGGCCUCUUCUACAGCGCCAACACUUUCGAGUUUAACAAUGUCCACAGCGCCGCCUUAUACCUGGCUGCCAUCACCCCCCGCCGACGGGCAUUUAUCAAGGACAUACACAUUAAGCAGAACCUCUUGGCCGAGGGUGGUUGUGGUAGUCCCAUGACCAAAGAUGACUACCUGCUGUUGAGUGAAUCUCCAUUGGGACACCGCAAGCUUCGAUGCACUGUCAAGAUUCAACUCGGCGGCUUUAGUGCCCAAGACAAGACCGGCCGCAUGCGGCACAUCAUAAACAGCUUGCAAGCUGUCAAGAACAACAGGAUCACCGCCCCAGCCUUCGAGGUCAACCUGGGUACCAUCGGGAAGAGGAACGAGCCUCCCGUGAGAGAAUUGGUCACAGAACUCCUAGAGUGGACCAAGGACGCCAACCGCGUCGACCUAAUCAGCCAGGCCACCUUAUCCUACGACCUCCAUUUCCCUGGCCCACUCCGCAUGCUAACCACCCGCUUCGACAUGCCGAGCGGCCCCGUCGCAUCCCGCACGCGCGCCAUGUGCCGCGCCCCCAACGACAUGGGCUUCGUCUCCCACCGCACCGGCACUAAGUUUCACACCGACGGCACUAUGUUCCCCAAGUUCGAGGCCGUCCACGACAUACGCGAGUAUGAGAAGGGCAGCGGCAUCGAGUGCGAGCUCACCUUCGGCCCCAACACCAACACUAAUACCAACAGCAACAGCAACAACGCCAAUACCUGGGUAGACGUGCGCGCCAUCUGGAACAACGCCGACCACGCCAAGGUCUACCAGUUCUACAUGUCCAAGAUCAACCUCGGCGUGCGCCACUCGCUGUUCAAGAAGAUCGAGGACAUCGCCGCGCGCCCCUCGCCCCUGUCCGUGCUCGAGGCGACCGGCGGCGUCGUGGUCCCGAAGAACGAAGUCAACAUCUUCGGCAUCCCGCAGCCGGAGAAGGGCGAGCGCUGGUUCGGGAUGAGCCGGAAGCAGCUGGACGCCGAGGAGAAGGAGAGCCGCAAAGCCUGGAAGCAGCUCGACAGAAAGUGGGACGAGUGGAUCGAGGAGGUACGGCAGGCGGCGUGGGUUGAAAAGAAGAGAAAGGAGCGCAAGGCGGCGUGGAGGGAGAAGAGGGGCGAGGCGGUGGAGAAGAGGAAGAAGAGGGAGGAGAAGGAGAAGGUGGGUAAGAAGGCGGAUGCUUGAUUUUGCAAGCUGAGAUGUCUAUGACAAGAGGGCCUACGACGAGAAGGUUUGGGGACGGAAAAGGCAUCAAGACAACAUAAGGGGAGGAAAAGCACCCAGGCUGUUUACCAUGACGGCAUCUGUGGUUUAUCGAGAAGGUAUCGUGAUGAGCCGGUGUUUAACGAAACACUGUUGGCCGAUAUCGAGGAACACAAACCACAGAUGCCAGAAAGGAAGGGAGGGGGUGGCUGUUUAGGUAC